AUGGGAACAGCAAAUCUUGGUCGACAUGCUCGUCGUGGGGCAGGUGUUUUGAUCAUGGGUAUUUCUGGUGGUGCUGUAUUUCCACCAAUUCAAGGGAUCAUUGCCGAUCGAUAUUCGACUCGUAUUUCUUUCCUAGUACCCAUGGUUGGUUUUAUCAUUGUUUUAGCCUACGCUCUCUCUUAUUGGAUUAGGAAUGGUUUACAGAUCAAGCGUUCAUCUCGAUCUGCUGCUGAUAAUCAUGCUGUUAUUCCUGCUGGAGCAGAUAAAAUGACAGUUGAUAACACUUUCGACGUACAGAUUUCUCUAUCACGUCCAAUCAUGGCUGAGAACACAGCUAAUCAGGUUUCUGACUCAUCUCCAUUCCUUUUACAUGUUAAACCCAACAAUCGACCGCCUCAGGGUAGACUCUCAUCAUUAUAA